CUUUCUGGAGCCUCUAGGUUAGAGUGUCCCCUGUAGCAGUCCCAGGAGCCCCAGGGUGGUUGGCGUGAGUGCCCAUGAAGGAUGAGGAAGACCAGGCUCCGGGGGCUCCUCUGGGUGCUCUUCGUCGCAGAAAUCCAAGCUGCAACCGUACCAGACGAGGAAGAGUUUACCCUGGCAGAGGGCCAGACCCUGGAAGUGAGCUGUCCUGUCACCUUGCACACAUAUUCCAACAGCCGGAAGGCCUGGCAAAGGGUGAAAGAUAAAGGGGAGGUCCAGAUGCUGGCACUCACACAGAGGGUCUCGGGGGAAUUCAGUGAAGUCCAGAAUGGGCGUUACUUCCUAAAAGACAUCCCCUCUGAGGGCAUACUGCAUGUCCGAAUGACCGACCUUCGAGUGGAGGACUCAGGACUGUAUCGAUGUGUGAUCUACCUAAAUUCCGAGAACUCCAUCAUGUUAUUCCACCCUAUCCGCCUGGUGGUGACCAAGAAUCCCUCUGGCACUCCUGCCUCAGAUGACAGAACUACCCAGAUCGUGACUCCGACUCCCACCCGUCCUCCUUUCAUCACCAAGGCCUGGAGUAAGCUCCCCACCAGCCCCACGGCCGUGACCCGUCUCCCCUCGUCAACUGCCAGCCUCUCCUCUCCUGGCCUCGGAGUCACCCCCACAAAUGUGACAGAUGUCCCCAGGGUCUCCAGGAUCAGCAUUGUCAUUCCCGUGGUGUGUGGACUCCUGAGUAAGAGCCUGGUCUUCAUUGUUCUGUUUGCUGUCACGCAGAGGUCAUUUGCGCCCUAGGCCCAGGACUCCACGAGAAUGACCUGGGACCUGAUCCACAUCCAUCUAGCAGUUGUGCCCGAAGAGGAGUAUGUGUGUGGGGUGAGGGGGCGGUGCACCAUGUCAUGCAUUGAAUCUGUAACACAGGUGAUUUCUAAGGCUUGGGAUCCUACCUUCUUGGCACUGCUAACUCCCCUCAUUUCACCGAUAACCUUGAGUGUGUGCUUGGCCCCCUCCGAGGAGAAGAGAUAGCCACAAAUAUGUCCAUUCCUCCAGCGGCUCAGGGUUUGCAUUCAAUAAAGACACUUCCGGAUGCUAUGCACUGUCGCUGUCUUGUGCGGGGUCGUGAGGCACAGAGGGCGCAGCUGCUAACUCUGCCCAGGUCCUCGCUCUAGACCACAACAUUUUGGCCCGAGUUCCCACCACAGAAGCAUCCUGUUCUCCUGGCUGCCAGGACCGUCCUCUUCUCUAGAAUCAGACGUUCAGGUUUCUCCCCUUCGUUUGUGGCCCUUUCCGACACUCCCAGAACAGAGUGUUGAAAAUCAUGGAACCAGGAGAAGAUAAGAUGCUACGGUGAGAAUCCAUAUUUGGGAAAGAGGAACGGAGAUAACCAGAACGUUGUGUCUUGGGAAAAUACUGGGAGGAUGAGCUAGGAUCCAAGGCGUAGGACUGACAGAGAGCAUCAUUUAUCUACCGUGUGCAUUUAUCGUGUGCAUCACCGGGGUGCGUCUUGUCACUGGGUCCUUAGGACAACCCCAUGAAGGCAGAGAAGUGUGCGACUGGGAGUAAGUCACCUCUACUGGCAGGAACAAACACUGGAGCUCCUUUACUGAAGACCAAGUCCCUCAAAGCCCUACAGAACAGAUAGCAAGGAGUUCGCCUCUAUGUAAAUGCCUCUUUGUUGUAUCACACGAGGGGCAAGGACGGUGGGUGCCCAGGUCUCACCAGUCAGGCUCCUGGAGGCUGUCCCCUUUGUGCACUGCUAGUUCUGUGCACUGCCUUCCUCCUCCUCUCUCUCUGCCCCUACGACUCCCCUUUCGCUCCCAAGCUCACCCAUGAAAUAGGUGUCCAAGGCCCACCGACAGAUUUAAAUCAGUGGUUUCUGAGUUUCUACCUCUUUUGGCUCUAAAGGGGAAGGGGCCCCAUUAGUGGGAAGAGAUGAUGGCCAAGGCCAAUUUCAUCCUAAAUUCUCCAAGAGCAAACACACUCUACCACCCACAAUCCAUCUUGUGAUAGGAAAACAUGUUUCUACAAUCGGCAUGCCCUUCUUCAACUCCUGUGGAACAAGUGCCCUGAGUGCUGAGGUACAGCCCUCCCCUCCCUGAGUCCACUGCCAUCAUCCAAGGACUUCCCUGUCAACCUGAGGACCUCUCGGCUCAGCCCUCCGGGAGGAUGGCGCUGACCCCUGAGACAUUGUGUCUGAUUGCCCAGCUGAGUCCAUUAGAAGGUAGUGAAGGGAAUUCAUGUCAUCCCGGCACCCUGGGGAGAGACUUCUGAGAAGCACUUAUCCGGAAGCUGUUCAUCUCAGUGCAUCUUCUUCCUGCCCAGGAGAACCCAGCCGCGUGGAGGUAGUAAAUGCACUGCGUGCAGCGUUUGCUUUCUGAGGUUGCUCGUUGGGGACCUGCACUUUAGCGCUUCCAAAGCUGCCCCUGUUUGUGACGUUGACCCAAAAGGGCAGGGCAAGGGAGGGACCGCAGUUGAAUGGGCAGUGUUUCCCAAACUGUAGUCCUCAGACCAGCCGCAUCAGAUUCUCUGGGGCGUUUGUUUAAAAUGCAGAUGCCUGGGGCCCCUCCAGAUCUACUUAAUCAUAGCCUGCAGCUGUCUCUUGGUGGUUCUCAAGCUUGUUUGGGAGACAAGAUUCCAAGAAGCCAUUAUGCUCCUUUCCAAACACCACGACACAUUGCUAUAUUCAUCCUGAGUUAACCAGCUGCGUGAUUUGGUGGGCUUGUGUGCUAAAUUUAAUUACAGAUGAAGUAACACAAGUCCAAUGUAUUAAGCUUGCCUGAGGGCUUAGAUACAGUAAAGCGGAAGACAGACGGUUGUGCUGGAUGCUCUCCCGUUUGCACCUGCAGGCCCACUCUCCAUCCUUCUCCUCCCUGAUCUGUAGCUGGGAACCUGACCAACGUGGGCUAAGUCAGCAGGCUCCCUUGCCCACCAGCUCCUGGGGGUUAGCCGGUGGGCAGCAUGAAAGAAGAGCGGGGAUGGGAAGAGAAUGAGAUCAGAGAUUUUAUCCUCCGGGCUCCCUCACUGGGGCGGCACGAGGGGCUGCAUUCCUCUACUCAAGGCCCCUCUAAGCCCCUCACCAAAGUGCUGCUAUCUCCAAGUUCAGGCAGCCGUUCCAGUCCCUUGCUCCAUGCGGCCUACAGGCGGUAAUGCCUCACCGCUGUCUCCAGGGCCUGCAGCAUGCCUUCCUGGUUCCCCCAGUUCCACUUGUGCUUUCAUUAAACGCUUCUCAGUUACCUGU